AUGAACUGGCUCGACCCCCCCGCCGAACCUCCCAACGAAGACCCUCCACAAAAUCCUCUACAACCAUCCAUCUCAAACCUCAACUACUGGGCAGCGCGAUUAACGCCAUUGCACGACCCGGCGCCUGGCUAUUCUCCUCCAUCUCAUUCUGAAGGCGGCGAAGGAAAGGAAGGGAAAGAGGUCGUUUUUGUUACUUGCAACAGAGUCGGCAAAGAAGCUGGGACAAAGUUUAUCGGUACCAGUAGCGUGCUCUCCAUGUCGAGUGAUCCGUCCAGAAUAGAGCUUAUAGAUUGUUGUAAUAUCUCGGAAGAGAGGGUUUUGCUGGCAGAAGUGUAG